AUGAUCGUGAAGGGCUUAAACGUUUACCGUGGAUCGAAUCUCGAACACGGCAACGUCUCGGUCGCGCCGAGCUCGAAACGACGGAACCGUCGACGCAACACGGACGUGGCGUGCGCUCUCCGAUUGCAUUGUGACAGCCGUUCCGAGCGGCGGCGCCUCGGCCGCUCCCCUGGGUAUCGGUUGACUCCUCGGCCCAGUGGAGUGGACACGACCGCCCACCGGCUCACGUCCGGGUGUACGCUUACGCGCGCAACGGCCCAG